AUGACUUUGCUCUGUGUUCAGCUAUACAAAUCAAAGGUUUGGAGUCAAGAAAAAGAAAGAGAGAAAAAGAUGGGAAAGAAGACUUUAUUUUCAGAAUUUGUUCAUUUGCUCAUUGUGCUUUUGCUUAUCUGCACCCUUCUUUGCCGUACCGAAUCGACUCUUCCUUCACACCAUGAUUCCCUCAUAAUCACCGGGAGAAGAUUAAUGGAUAACAUUGACCCACGACACUCAGUUAGUGGACAAGCUGGUGGACGCAUUUCGGAUCCAAAAGAUUUGGAUUCGCCUACUCCUCAGUAGUUAUAUAUUUGUAUGUGUUAAUUAGUCAUGUAUCAUUUUAUGCGAGUGUCAUUUACAUUUUCUGUCAUCAACAAAUCAAGCUUUAUUUGUUAAAAAACACAAAAAACAAAUCAAGCUUUUUAAAAGUUUCAUCUAUUAUGCAUUAUUA